AUGGAUGAGCCCACGAAAAGAUCACUCCCAUAUCCGGAUUCCACUGCUUUUUCCCAGAUUUUCUCGCCUGACUGCAAGUCCAUGGAGGUCGUGCAGGCUUUGAUGGCCACCGUGAAAGUUGAGCUGUCGGGCUUGACUUUCUCCAAGAGCAUCGACUGGUACAUGUUUAUGACUUGGCGCGGCUUGCGCGCGAGGUUUAUGUUGCCUGUUCGUACGUACGAGGUUAUGAGUCGGGCAGAGGAAAUACCGCUGCUGAAAGCUCCUGUGGUGAUUAAAAGGGCGUGGGUUUUGGAGAUGGAGGCUAUGUCUGUGCAGGUUGAGAGAAUAUGUUUGAGCAAAUCAAGAGCUUUGAAACGAUCCUCGGAAGUUAAGUCUGGAAUCUCUUUAAUCAGAUCCCAACAGUUGUACUCUUUUGUGUCAAUUGACUCAAUAGCACGAGUAAACUUUUCCACAUUUGAUGAAAGAUUUUCUACGAGGUCUCGGGUGGACGAGGCUCCGAGCAUGGUUGUUGAGUUGAGUGUCGUCUCCUAUGGCAAUAGAGUGUGUCCCUCUAGCUGUACCGUUACCAACUGCAAUUCUCAGAUCUUCAUAGUCUGGAUGAGGGGGGGGAGGGCUAACCUUAAAGUAACCUUUCCAUAUUUCAUCAUGUGUAGUGAAGAACUUUGUUACGGAAUUCCAUCCAAAGCCAGAGUUAUGCCGCAUAAGCUCAUGGUAGUAUAUUGA